AAUCACACGCGUCGUUACAUGUUCCAAUAAGGGAGGGAACGACGUUGCAGUGGAAUGCUAACUGUGGAAGCGGCAGAAGCUUUGUCGUGAAAACCCUUCUCUUUUCUGCUGUAUAGUGGAGAGGACUUCGUUUUCCUUUCGUGAGAUACAGCAACACUGCACCAGUCUUGACCAGAGUUGACCAGACUGGACGAUGAGUGCCCCCCGACCCUCCCCACCCGGUGGUGGAAGUGACCCACCAACAGAAGGCUCCUCUCAUGGCCAGUCUAAAGAACAGGAGGACCAGCCAGCACCUAAACCUGAACCUCCCAGGAUGGUGCCGCAUGUACAAGUACAUGUGGAGUCCAGCUUUCUCAAGACGGGAAAGCCCAUGGUACCAACACGCCUGAUCGUCCCAGCUACAAACUCCAACCAGACCACAGUCCACCCCACCCAGUCCCACAAGUCUGAGGGCCCCAGCCCCGCACACAGCCUGGCACACCUGGCCGCUGUGGGGGGGAUGGGACACCUGCCGCUGCUGGGACACGCACAGCCUGGACCCCCCCUGUCCCGCGGAUCCAUCCAGCCUCACCUCGGCACUCACAUCCCCGCUAGUCUGCCUGUCCACGGCUUUACAAGUCAUGUACCCAGAGGUGCAGCUGCAGCUGCCAGCCUGACACCUGCUGCCAAGGGAAGUGUGACCACCGUGUUACGUCCACCCUCGGCUGGAGCGAGCGCCUUCCCUGUGUCCACCCCCUCAGUUGGACUGGUCCAGACACAAGCUAUUCCACCACAGGUUAAAGUUCAGGCGAGAGCUGUUGGUGGCAGCAGCACACCCCCCAUCAUCACCACCAGCUGUACCCGGACACCUUCUCCUGCUGUCACCUCAGGACCGGAACAGCACAGGGCAGCUGUAUUCCCUCCCCAUGGUGUUGGAUUGGUGAGGGGGGAGGGGACGGCCUCCCCACACCUCCCCACCCUCCCCCCCAGGUCACUACAGGUCUCACAUGUCAUCGGCAUGCCCCAGCACAAGCCAGCUGUCACAGCCGCUACUGUAGCCCCCAUGAUGGCUCAUACUACAACUGUUACUACUACUGUCUCCACACAGAGUAAGUACUGUAGCCCACAGGUACACACUACUACUGUCACCACCACUGUCUCCACACAGAAUGCGACAGUUACCCAGGUCUCCCUGCACCAGUCCACAUCAGCGUCAGCCGUGACCUUUUCCCCCAGCUCCUCCCACUCCUCAGCUGUGUCGUCAGCCAGCAUCCCGAUUGCUAAAGUCCUGCCCCAGCCUGUGGCCCACUCCCCGCGCCCCCUGCUGGACUACAGCGGGGACCCCCCCGGCAUGCCGGCCUCCAGCAGCCUGUUUCUCCCCCCCAGACAGCGAGGGUCUCCCAACCCGGUCAACACGGCUGUCUCUACAGCUGCACACAGCGACAGCAGGCCUGACAGGUCACAGUUCCUGCUGUCCCACAGACCUCCCCAGGCCAGCCUGCCGCUGCACACCCCUCCGUACACCACCAUCACGCCGGCGUACUACUACGACCCAGCGGCGGCGCUGCGGUACCCUCACCACACGGCGCAGGCUGCCAUGGCCAUGCACACGUACCAGGCCGCCCAGGCUGCAGCACACUUCACUCCUAUCUCAUGUUCAGCCUCUGCUAUCAGACCUCUUGUCGCCUCUCCGCAGGCUUCUGUGGCUGCAGCUGCGGUCGCGGUGGCCGCACAGCACGCCGGCGGGAUGAGACCCGGCCCCGCCAUGUCACUCAACCACCCCAUGUUCCUGUCCAUGGAGGCCGCCAGGCAGGCACAGCAAGUCCCACCCUCUAUCACUACAGCUAGUGAAGCCAAUGAAACGUCAGCCUCCAGCAUGAGUGGCAGCUAUGCUGGUGGGGUGGGUGGAGCCAACACACAGCCAGUCCUGCCAGUUGGAGCACCAGGAAACCCUAACUCCUCCCCCAGACCCAGUAUUCUCAGGAAGAGGACCAAUGAUGGCAUGCGUAGAACAGCGACUGCCACCACACCGACCAACAGUGAUCCUAACAGUCCUCGUGUGGAGGUGGCUCCACCCACAGCUGCCUCACCUCGCCCUGCAGGUGAGACAAAGGCGGAGGCACCGUCCAGCCAGGCAGGAGAGGUCGCUAUGGCAACAGAAGGAGACUCCACAGUGGUGACCUCUGAAGUCAAGGUCAAAGAAGAACCCAUGGAGAUACCCCCCCACCCCAUCCCUCCCGGGGCGAUGACAGUGAACCAGUUGAUAGCCAGUGUGGUUCAGGCUGCGACCACUCCUACUGUAGCUAACACUGCCAGCCUGCCUGCCACACACACCAGUCUUCCACCUGAGGCCUCGCCCAGGAAAAAACCUCGCAAACAGCAGCAUGUUGUGGCGACAGAAGACGGCUUUGCAGGGGACGUGGAACUGAAGAUGAUGGACAACAAGUCAGACUUCCCCCCUCCCACCAAGAAGGAGUCCAGAGACAGGAAAAAAGAACAAGUUGAGGAUGUUCUGUAUGUCCUGAAGCGGUUUCCUCGCCCCUCCCUCCUCUCCAGCUACAGGCACGGCUGGAAGGCCAGGCUCAACCACUUCCAGAGGUACUCCGACUUUAAAGUCAAAGAUAAGAAAGCGUCCCUGCACGACGUGUGCAGUCAGAAAGGACUGGCUCAGAAGGCAGCCGGCUGGAAGGUGCACCACCUGGCCAACCAGCUGGAUGAACUGGCAUGUAAUGAACAGGACACAUUUGCCAAGAUGUCCAGCUUCCACGAUGGUCUGAAGGCUCCUGGCAAGAAAAUCAUCAUGGAGGAAGAAAUGAGGAUGAUCCAAGAACUGAUCCAGGGAAAUAUCCAGAGAGCCCAGCUCACUACAGAACAACUCAACGACACCAAACAACAGAUGGUGAAGAUUGUGGAGAAGCACAGGGGAGAAGUCUGUGACAUCAUCAAGAAAAACUGUAGCAGGAAGUCCAGCAAGAAGAAAAGCAGCUCAUGAGCUUACAAUGUGUCUGUCAUCCACAUUAUGUAAACAAACUACACAUCCCUUUGAUCAUCCGUAUGAAAACGCGUUACAGUUGAAACCCUGACGCCUGGUGAACACGUAAUAGUUGAAACCCAAACGCGGUCUUGCCACAUUUCACGCGGUCUUAUCGCUUCAAUGCCGCGUUUGCGGAUGUCAGACUCAGAGUUGGAAACUAUAACGCUAGCUGUACUGUACCAGGGGUUCAGCUUCAAUGGAGUUUUACCCUGACAAUUAUUGUAGGAGGCUGAAAUCUGUAUCUGUAUAGCCGGUAUAACUGCCUUUGGCGUAACACACUCAACAUGCACAAAAUGGCACAUGUAUCAUUUUCAUUUUAUUCUUUGUAUCAGGCUGGAAUCCCUUAUUGAAAGAAAAACAUCAACAUACAUGGAACAACGUACAAAUAAACAGACAGAAAUGUAUAGGGGUGGGUACCGGUUCAGCCGGACCGGAUUAAACUGGUACGACAUUCGGGAACUGAGUCCAAAAAACCUAAACGCAAAAACCAGAUCAUCAAUCCUGAUGUAUAAAUUUUCUGUAGAUUGUACACACAUUUUUAGAUAAUCUGGCCAUGGCAGGUGAAGAAAAUAACCAUAAAUCAAACUAGAUUAACCUAAAUCCAUGUUUGUCUCUUUCUGUAACUGUGUUCAGCUUCAAGAUACAUUGUACAACUGGACCAUAAUAUAUAACACACUAGUGAGUGACUUAUACUUGUGUUUCGCACUCUAAAAUAUGAUACAGUGCUACUGUACAAUAAUCAGGUCCAGGUUUAGGUCCGAACCUGAUCCUGAAUUUUCUAUACAGGUACCCACCCCUAGAAAUGUACAUGUAUAAUGGUUUAAAAAGUUUACUGUGUGUGGGACUGUGAGUGGUAUAGCAUUUGCACAGUACUAGUACUCAUUUCAGAUGCCAGGGGGCAAGUUAUAAAGGAUUGCACCAACCCACCCCACCUGGCGUCGAAGGUGUCGAUGUGAAAGUGCACAAAUUGUACUAGUACAGUCUACUUUCAUUUUCAACUCCUAAGGGUGUGUCUUUUCUCUUUCCCUUGGGCCACAUCAAUUAAAUUUAUGGAUGACAUCCUCCACAGAUUCUAAAUCUGAUGUGAUAGGGCGAAAGAAAAAAGAGAUUUCUACGCUUUCAAGUAUUGACAUCGUAAACCUGAAAUGAUACCUAUAUUGUGCUAAGUUAACUGCCAACU